AUGGAUCCAAACAAACCACAGUACUUCAUUCAUCCAUAUGAUCCUGCUAAUCUUAGUGGUGCAAAGGCUUCAGAUAGUGGUAGGAAGAGCAAAAAUUGUAGGAAAAGUGAAGAUUGCGGCGAGAAGCUGCAGGUUAUUUCUGGCUCACCACUAGCAGUUGUAGCUGCAGUACAAAAAGCACAACAGCAACAUGUUGCAGCAACACUUACAAGUUCUGGUGCACCAGUUACAGUGAAUAUUGAUAUACAAGCACUAACUGAUAUGGCACAUCGAGAAUAUCAAGCCGGUGAUUAUGCAAAUGCUGAGCAACAUUGCGUGACAAUUUGGCGUGCUGAUCCAAAUAACGUCAGUGUGCUACUUCUUCUCUCUUCGAUACACUUUCAAUUAAAAGACCUGGAUAAGUCGAUGCAAUUUUCAACAAUGGCAAUUAAAGCAAAUCCGAAAUGUGCUGAGGCAUACAGUAAUUUGGGCAAUGUGUAUAAGGAGCGAAAUCAAUUAGCAGAAGCACUGGAAAACUAUAAGAUAGCGGUAUCACUGAAACCAGAUUUUAUUGAUGGAUAUAUCAAUCUAGCAGCUGCGCUAGUUGCCACUGGUGAUUUGGAUCAAGCUGUGAAUGCAUAUGUUUCUGCUCUUCAGUAUAAUCCCGAUCUGUAUUGUGUACGAAGUGAUCUGGGUAACCUGCUGAAAGCAAUGGGUCGUCUCGAAGAUGCUAAGGUUUGUCGAUUUGGAUGCAGCUUUCCGUUACUAAAUGGCACAGUCUAUAUUGAAAGGCACGGGGAAUUCUACGCGGAAAGGAAAGCAGCGUGGCAGAUAAAGACGUUUGGUAUGAUUAUGUGUUUUAAUCUUUGUGAUUUGUUUGCUGCGCUUUUAUCACUUUUUAUUAUCGCUGGUUGUUAUCUGAAAGCAAUCGAAACACAACCACAGUUCGCGGUUGCCUGGUCUAAUUUGGGUUGCGUUUUUAAUGCCCAGGGAGAAAUUUGGCUUGCAAUACAUCAUUUUGAGAAAGCUGUUCAACUGGACCCAAAUUUUCUGGAUGCUUAUAUAAAUUUGGGUAAUGUACUGAAAGAAGCACGCAUUUUUGAUCGAGCGGUUGCUGCUUAUUUGCGUGCAUUAAAUUUGGCCGGGAAUCAUGCUGUUGUUCAUGGAAACCUGGCAUGUGUUUAUUAUGAGCAAGGGCUUAUCGAUUUGGCUAUUGAUAUGUAUCGAAAAGCUAUCGAUUUGCAGCCGAAUUUUCCCGAUGCAUAUUGCAAUUUGGCCAAUGCUUUAAAAGAAAAAGGUUUGGUAUCCGAAGCAGAAGCUGCAUAUAACAAAGCAUUGCAGCUCUGUCCAACGCAUGCUGAUUCACAAAACAAUCUAGCAAAUAUCAAAAGAGAACAAGGAAAAAUUGAGGAUGCUACAAGGCUUUAUUUGAAAGCGUUAGAGAUUUAUCCUGAAUUUGCUGCUGCACAUAGUAAUCUUGCAUCGAUACUGCAACAACAAGGCAAACUUCAAGAUGCAAUCAAUCAUUAUAAGGAAGCAAUUCGUAUAGCACCCACAUUUGCUGAUGCAUAUUCAAAUAUGGGAAAUACAUUAAAAGAAAUGGGUGAUGUUGGCGGAGCAUUACAGUGUUAUACUCGUGCUAUACAGAUCAAUCCUGGAUUCGCUGAUGCGCAUAGUAAUUUGGCUAGCAUACAUAAGGAUUCUGGUAAUGUUCCUGAAGCAAUUCAAAGUUACUCAACAGCACUCAAGUUAAAACCUGAUUUUCCUGACGCAUUCUGUAACUUGGCUCAUUGUUUGCAGAUUAUUUGCGACUGGAAUGAUUAUGAUAAUCGUAUGAAGAAACUUAUAGCAAUUGUUGAUGACCAAUUGCAAAAAAAACGUUUGCCAUCAGUACAUCCACAUCAUUCAAUGCUCUAUCCAUUAACACAUGCUGUUCGAAUGGCUAUUGCAGCAAAACAUGCACAAUUAUGCAUUGAAAAAGUCCAAAUAUGUCACAAAGCACCAUAUAUAUAUCCUGAUCGAAACAGCGUUCGCAAAGGACAACGUUUACGAAUCGGUUAUGUAUCGUCUGAUUUUGGCAAUCAUCCUACCAGUCACUUGAUGCAGUCCAUUCCGGGAAUGCAUAAUCGUGAAAAUGUUGAAGUGUUUUGUUAUGCACUUUCUCCAAAUGAUGGUACCAAUUUCCGACAAAAAUUGAUGAAUGAGUCAGAACAUUUCGUUGAUUUAUCACAGAUUACAUGUAAUGGAAAAGCAGCUGAUCGCAUACAUGAUGAUGGAAUCCAUAUUUUGAUCAAUAUGAAUGGAUAUACGAAAGGUGCACGCAAUGAAAUAUUCGCAUUACGCCCAGCACCCAUCCAGGUGAUGUGGCUUGGUUAUCCGAGUACUUCGGGUGCUCCAUUUAUGGAUUAUAUAAUUACUGAUUCGGUAACAUCUCCUUUGGAACUUGCUCAUGCAUAUAGUGAAAAACUUGCAUAUAUGCCUCAUACAUUCUUUAUUGGUGAUCAUGCCCAAAUGCUAAAGCAUCUUACUGAGCGAGUAAUUGUUAAAGAGAAAAAUGACCCAACCCCAAUUGACAAGGAAACUGUCACAGUUGUGAAUUCGGUGAAUUUGGAGCCGCUAUUGUCAAAAGCAGAAGUCAAGCCAUUUGUUCGAGAAGCUGAAGUGGCACAUGGUCCAGAACGUGAUAUGAUCAAGACUGAAGUGGUGCUUCCAGUAAUUGAAGUACCAACAACUGAACCACUUAAACAGAUGAUUGGUUCUGGUAUGAUUGCUGGUAAUGUUGAAGGUGUACCGGUACAGAAUGGUCUUACUACUUUGAAUCAAACACAUGUAAAAGCAGCAACAGGUGAAGAAGUACCACAUACCAUCCUGGUUACAUCACGACAACAAUACGGACUACCUGAUGAUGCUAUUGUCUUCUGCAAUUUCAAUCAGCUGUAUAAAAUCGAUCCUCCAACCCUAUCGAUGUGGUGUGACAUCCUGAAAUUGGUACCAAAUAGUAUUUUAUGGUUGCUUCGAUUCCCUUAUCACGGAGAACCAAAUGUUAUGCGGUUUUGUGCGGAACGGAAUAUAGAUACGCGUCGCAUUGUAUUUUCUAAUGUAGCUGCAAAGGAAGAACACGUACGACGUGGUCAACUUGCGGAUGUUUGCUUAGAUACGCCACUUUGUAAUGGACACACCACUGGAAUGGAUAUCUUAUGGACGGGGACACCAAUGAUCACAAUGCCAUUGGAAACACUAGCAUCACGUGUUGCAUCAAGUCAAUUGUACGCUCUUGGUGUACCGGAAUUAGUAGCAAAAGAUCGUGAAGAUUAUAUCAAGAUUGCAAAAAGACUGGGCACCGAUCGAGAAUAUCUUAGUCAAAUUCGUGCAAAAGUUUGGAAAGCUCGAACAACAUCAACAUUGUUUAAUGUUCGUCAAUAUUGUUCGGAUAUGGAGCGUUUGUUGCAUAAGAUGUGGAAGCGUUAUGCAGAUGGUUUAUCACCGGAUCACAUAUUGUCGGAUCGUGAGGGACGAGAUCCAAAUGAUAGAACGAACUGA